UGAGCAUCAGAAGGGCUGCAAACCACCCUGAAGGAUCAGCAGAGCCGGGUGUUGGCACUGUGGGCUGUGGACUGGCUUGGAAGAGGACUACUGAUUAGAUAGACAACCCCACCCAACCUCAACAACAGAUAGCAUGGCUACAGCGAGCACCUCAGGGCAGAGCACCUUCGGGCUUGGGAGGAAAAAGAAGAACCCUGGACUCAUGGAUCAGAUUAGCAAAUUCUUUGGAGGAGACAAAAAGAAAAGGAGCAAGGGGUCGUUCCGGGGUCACCUGGCUUCCUCACCCCAGCAAUCCUCUGCUCGCCGCCGGACCAAUGAAAAUGCUGUGGUGCAUUUCUUCAGGAGCAUUGUUUCCUCUCCUCGUCCUAAAUCCAGGUGGAGAGAUGUCUUGGGCUUGGCCUCGACGCCGCGUGCCGAGAGCACAAAGUCACCGGUCAGAAGACGCAGGGACCAAAGCGCACUGUCCAGAAUCUUCAACCUGGGAGAAACCAAGUCCCGUCCACCCCCCAAACGCUGGAGCACCAUCUUCUAAGCUCUCCGCCGAGGACCAAACCACAGAUCCAACGUCAAUGGGAGGAGAAACAGAUCUGCAAGGGGCGGACUCACAACCUCAAGAAAUGUUAACUCACUAACACAAAACUUGUGUAUCUUUAGACAGUGACCCAACAUUGACACGGUAUAAAAUCCACUCUCCAGGGAUGUAGGUGGUCACUGUGCCAGUUUUCUCUUUAAUCCUACUUCUGAGGGUAUCUUGUCUUAGUCAUUAUUUAGCUGUUUAUGAGAGGUUUGGUUAUGCUUUCAGCAACAUAUCCUACUGUAAAAAUCACCCAUUUGAGUACCUUGGUCUGAUGGUGCUAUUGUCUGCUGUCUGCUGUCUGAGGUUUGUUCAUGGCAGAUGUUUGUUUUUCUAUUUGUCUCCUGUCGUCUGCAUUUUGUACACAAGUGACGCUUCCUGUAUCUCGCUGCUUUCAAGAAACACGACUCACACGCAAAACCAACCGCUGUUUCUGUUUCACAUGUGAAAUCAUGAAGGAGAGUGAUCCUGUUUGUGCUUGAGUGAAACACAUGUUGCCAAAAAAUGCAUUUGAAAAUACAACUAUAAGAGCAGAAUGGGAUCUAAUGUUGUUUUCAUGUAACGGUUUUGUUUCCUUAUGCCUCAGUGUAAUUAAUAAACAUGUACAGUAUGAUGCUGUCCAAGUCUUUCAAAUGAAAAGAAUAAAAUGCCCUUUUUAAAUGCACUGUUACAUAACAGAACACGUUCCUAAACACAACUGGUCUGCUGUCUUUCCCAUUUAGCAGCUUUUGCAUCUAUCUCAUUUAUUAUUACCUAAAUUAAGUUUGAAGUUUUAAUGUCAUUUGUGUUUUAUGUAAAAGGUGACAGACACCAGGUUUGUUGUAACUGAUGGUCAGAUCGUAAGUGGUUCAGUGGUUUAAGGCGGAAGCAGCCAGAUGGCACGAGGAGUUUAGUACUGAAGGACAGUGAACUGAUUUCAAAUGUUCUGAUGCAUAAUUGUCAUUUUCAUUUUGUUCAUAAUAAAUUACACUGCCACUCUCA